CACCUCAACGUCGCCGAAAUUCGACGUUCUCCACCUACGACUGCAACCACAACUCAAUUCUCAUCAUCGUCAUCCCGCCUCAUGGACCUGCUAUCCUCCCCUCGAGUCCCAAGGAACGUCAAAGAUCAUCCGUCGUAUAUGCAGACCUUUCAAUAUCACUCAUCACAAUGCCCCUCAGCCAUCGCCUCGGACAAACUCUUGCAGAGGCUCGAUCCAAAGCUCGAUCGGUGUACCAUCUUCUGCGUGACCGCGGCGUCAAUGACGAGGCACGCGUAGCUGUCAGAAUGCUCCUUGGUACUCUCCACAGCCUUUGGCUAUUAUUUGAAGACUUUUCAGAAGAAGGCACUCCGCCAGCGUGUCCAGACCACACCCUUUUCGACGACUUGACCGAUCUUCUUGAUAACCCCAGCCUUGAGUGGUCGACAAGCUCGGCAUCACCAAAAGACGGACCCCCUUCUCUUUCAGCAUUUACCUCAAGCAUCUACCAGAUCCAGGGCCAGCUAGGUUCUCUUGUCCGAUGCGACUCUUGGGCUGCCUUGCUCGUACGCUUGUCGACGAACGGUCACCGCAAAGAUGUUCAAAGCCAACACCUAGAUCAUGCACUCAACUCUGCACCCAAACCCACAGAGAUCGAUAGCGACACAUGCAUUGCCCUACUUCUAAGCGCCGAGUUCGACAACAAGCCGGCUGAUUGCUUCACGCACAGGCAAUGUGUCGCUGAGAGAGAUAUGAAUCGCCCCGAAUAUGGUGCAGCAGCAAAGCUUCUGCCGGAUCUAGCCCGCCAAAGAUACACCGACUACAAGACACCAAUCCACGUGCUUUUCCACUCGAGAAAGUCGUCGCACUUUUUCCAAUGGCUAUUGGAAUACGCCAGGCAGGUAUGGCCGGAGACUUUCAACCUCAGCUCCGGUGCCCUGUCGAUGGCACCACUGCAUCUGCUGAUGUCGAGACUCGAGGAUGAGUCGGUCACCCCUUUCCAUGUUGCUGCUUCAUUAGGGCUGCCUCGGCUCUGCGAGCAAAUGAUAUCGUGGGGAGUAGACGUCAACAAGCCGAGCCCUCUGGGUACACCUCUUUAUUGCGCAUUGCUUGGUCAAACGGCCCUCCUAGGACGCUCUGCCGACCCUGCGCAACUAGUAUGUGACUGCAAACCUACCGACUCCCAGGAAGAGACAAUACGGGUCCUCUUGGAUUCAGGUGCUUCGUGUUCCGCGGAAACAGCUGGACCCUGUCAAGACGAACAAUUUUCACUGGCAACAUUGGCAUUUCUGAUUUGCCAGGCAAUCCGUGCUCCAAAGAUCCUACUUCGCCUUCUAAAGUUGGGGAUCGCUCUCGACAUGAGAUUUAUCCAGCUCUUCCACGGAAAGGAUUCUCUUUUGCAUUACUGGCCGUCUCCUCUCAAGCCACCAACACGUUCGUUCUUGGAAGGAAUGCUUCCCGCCAUUCUUGAUAGAGCAAUCCCCGAAUACGACAUCUACAAUGAUAUUUCACUAUUGGCUACAGGCAUCUAUGAGAUCCUAGACCACUUCAACCUAGCUCGUCCUUCGAGUAUCGCCGGGUCUCGACCUCUUGAUGUCUCAGACACCUUGUAUGUGGAUCUCGUCCGAGAAGCAGCCCAAGAUGGCGAGACGGCAGUUGUCAGAAGGCUUAUCUUGGAUCCUCGCUGGGAUCCAAACGCAUAUAUGGCCCCUCAGAGAGCACUCUCAAGUGCAUCGUCCGACAAUGACUUCGCCUUGGACGAGCCUCGAAAGGCAACAACAAUACUACAUCAUGCGGUCGAGACCGAUGAAAUAGCUCUAGUGGCUGCCAUCUUGACAUCAGGAGAAGAUGUCGAUGUGCAUAUACGAAACCACAAAGACCAGACACCCUUGAUGUUGUCAGAAUCGCCCGAGACCUUGAAACUCCUUUUGGACCAUGGAGCAAGAACUACAGAUACCGAUGAGAGUGGGCGUAAUAUCUGGCACUUCGCAGCCGCCAAUUCAGACACCGUCCUACUGGAAUGCCUUCAAGAGCACGACAAGCACAAAGACCAGAAUCUGAGGGGUGUAAUGACUGACGGCCAGACCCCCAUUGCCGAGGCCGUCAUCUAUCCCUUCAACUCGAUGAGGCACGGGCGGAAAAUAACACCCGAAGCUCUCAAAGGGGCGAUUCACAUGCUCCAGACCUGCAAGCCGGAUCUUGCCUACCUCAAAAGCCCGCAAUCUCUUAUUUUUCUGGCUGUUGAAUGUGGCUCAGCGGAUCUACUCCGCAGCUUAAUUGACUUCGGCGCAGACCCCUUCGAAGUUGAUGAAGAAUCUCAGAAUGCCCUGCACUUCCUCAACGUGUCGGCCAGAAAGCCUCUGAUCGAUAUUCUGUUGAACUUGGACUUUGAACCCAUCCUCAAUGCCGAAAGAAAAUCUCCGGCGGAAACAAUUUUCCAGGUUUUCAAUGACAGGGCCCUGUUUGGUCCCACCUCAGCCAUACACCCCGCCAGACUAGCCACCCUCGAUGCUGGCGUAUACAGCCGUCUGCUUGACUACAAGAAUAUUCUCACCAGCCGCGACGAUGCCAACAUGGGGCUUUGGGAGCGGUUUUCUCUCACUGUUAUGGCAACAGAUGCGCCUAGAUGGCUAGUAGGAGUGACUGCGCAACCGUCUCUACAAACUGCUGUAGAGUGCUUGAUCAAGAAAGGGGCCUUGGCCAGGUACGAAGAGGAGAGUGGACAGUGCGGUAUAAUCCCAAUUUUCUCGAGGUGGACGGAGAUCUCUGGCACCCAAAAACUAUUUCCCAAGUGGCUGCGAGCAAUACUGUUGACAACCCUCGAAGCCACGACGAAAUUAGACCAACUGAGAGAAUCGCCAGCUUUGAUAGAGUUCAUCUCACCGGACGAUGAGCCAGAAAACCCUGGCUUUGCCGAGGAAUGAUUGGGCUCGGGGGUGCCUGUUCACGAGUAUGUC